CCCUUUUUCACUUUCAUGGCUGACGCCGCAUCAACAGGUUUGUCUUGAAGUUUUGUUCGUGGUAGAGCAAUUUUUAGUUUCACUUCACCUUACUAUGUGUGCUUUGUGUCUGCUUAUUCAGCUUCGAGAUCUACCCUAUUGGUGUCGUCAGAAUGGUGCAGCGGCGAUUACGGGUUAUAUGUGUGUUUUUCGGCAUAUGUUUAACCGUGUUUUUUAUUUGCCAUUAUUAUCACCAAAUCCUCAUCUUUGGAACAAUAUUUUAUUGGAAAUUGAACCUUAGAGAACUUAAACAAACUGCGUCAUAUCUCCAUUGCUCAACGAUUAAUAAAACCAGGGUUGAUGAAUUACGGAACGAGCUUAAUCGGUUCACACAGCAUCACGAACCCGUCCUCGUUCAAGACAAUAUACACGUUGACUACAAAUACUACGGGAACUACUUCAAAGAAUCUUUUACUAUUGAUAAAUCGAAACGGGAGUUAUUAGCCAAAACGUUUCCACCGAACAAAACAAUGUUUUCAAAGUGUUCAAUUGUUGGGAAUGGUGGGAUUCUUAAAAAUAGCAGCUGUGGUGCAGACAUUGACAGUUCAGACUUUGUUUUGAGGAUGAACGUGCCGCAAAUACAAGGUUUUGUGAAAGAUGCGGGGAGAAAAACAAAUUUUACGAGUGUAGCUUGUUCCUCUGCAUCCCUAACUGAAGACGGUGUUCCUUGUGGUGCUUUUCACGCGGCAAAGUUCAUCAAAGGCUUGAAAAGUUUCAAUGGUUACAUUAUGUGGGUGCCAAGCAGCUGGACGCAUGCGCCGUCUAUGAAGUCAGCGUUCAUCUUUGCUGAAAUCCUGCGGAAAAACUCAAAUUUGCAACUGGUGCUGUCAAACGCAAUAUAUUCUCAAAAAUUUUCCGAGUAUUGGCACAUAAAUGGUAAAAUACUUUCUUCCGGGAUGACCAUGGUUAGUAUAGCAAUCUCGUUUUGUGAAGAGAUACACUUGUACGGUUUCUGGCCGUUCCCGUUUAGCGCCAGUGGCAACUCGCUUCCAAUGCAUUAUUCGGAAGAUUUACCUUGGACAUCGUACAGACAAACCCACGACUAUCCCGCUGAAUUCGAUCUUCUAACUAAACUUCAUCGCCAGGGAGUCUUGAAACUCCACGUGGAAAACUGCCAUUAACUGUCAGCUUUCCUAUAUUUGCUAUAUUUUCACCGUGGGGAAAUUUUAACGCCUUAAUUUUUGGUUCAGUAAAUAAUACGCAGCAUUGAUUUAGUUUAAGCAGCGCCCAGCGUAAACUUGGAGUAGAUGACGUGGUUGAACCAUUCCUGAAGCUCAAUGAACCAUUGAACGCAGUGGCGUUAAAUUUAAGCGAGUUUGGUUGUAUUGUCGUUAUACAAUAUAGAACAUCUCUAAAAUAAAUGUUUUUUUUAAUUGACUAGCGACGACAGAUCAAAGCAAUAUCGACGCUGUGAACGAUCUUCAAAAUUGACGUCACAGAAGCGUCUUGUCGCUAGAUGGCGCUACUUAAAGGAACGAUGCACUUA